UCAAUUUUUGACAUUUGUUUGACUUUUGCCGAGCAAAAUAGUGUCUGUUUUCCUCAGCUCUAGGUUUUCGUGUGGUCAUUGUUAUCAAUAAAAUUUAAUACAACUUCAUUUGAAAAUUGUUGCUGUAUUUAAUUUCUGUACUUUUAUUAGACGGCAAGGGCAUCAUAGCUUAGUACACAAAACAUACUGAAAUCAUGGAUUCAUGCAUCGGUGUUGAACAAGAUUUAGACAAAGCACUCUCAAAAUUUAAUGCUCUAAAUGACCAUACAGACAGUGUUUUACAUGAAGUAAUUGAACAGGUCCAAAAUUUGAAGCAAGAAAUUGCAAAACAACCUCCAGACACGCCUCUAAGUCCAACACAGGCUAUGGUGGUGGGGGAACUAGCUUCUAGAGUUAAAAUGACAGUGUUCCAGAUGUCUACAGAACAUCGUGAACUGCAUGCUACAGUGUCCCGAGUGGGCAAGUCUAUCGACAGACAUUUCAUAGCAGACUAUGGCUCAGUGGCUCCUAAAGCUGAGUCAUUCUGUUCAGACACAAACAGACCAAUCAUGGAGCAGGCCAUUGCUCAACAUUUAUAUAGACAGGGUUUAGAAGAAGUUGGCGACGCGUUCAUAUCAGAAGCGAAGAUCCCUCCAGUUGAGCGUACAUGCACGUUCGCUCACUUACAACGGUGCGCGGCCUCCUUGAUGGAGGGAGACCCCACCGCAGCUCUGGAAUGGGCCGAGGCACGACAAGAAGACUUGAUGCAUUCGCCACUGCCCUUUACGUUACACAGGAUGCAAGCUUUGAAGCUGGGCCGCACGGUGGGCGUGGGCGCCGCCAUCGAGUACGCGCGCGCGGCGUUCCCGCGGCACGCGGCGCGCCACGAGCGGCAGCUGCAGGCCUGCGUGUGCGCGCUGGCCUGGUGCACGCCCGCCGCGCCCGCGCCGCCGCCCGCCUACCAGCAUCUGCUGGAUCCUAAGGCUCUAGGCGCGGAGGCCGCGGAGCUGUUCAUCCGCGAGGCGUGCGCGCUGCUGCGGCUGGCGCCGCUGUCGGCGCUGGCGGGCGCGGUGCGCGCGGGCGCGCGCGUGCUGCCCGCGCUGCACGACAUCCGCGCCAAGAUGACGCACCCGCACGUCGUGGCCGCCUGGGCCGACGACGAGCUGCCGCUCGAGGUGGACCUAGGAGAGGACGGUGGCGGCUAUCACUCAGUAUUCGCGUGUCCAAUCCUGAGGCAACAGGCUUCGGAACAGAAUCCGCCCAUGAGGCUGCUCUGUGGCCACGUGAUCUCGCGCGAUGCCCUCAACAAACUGGCCAUGGCAGCUAAGCUCAAAUGCCCGUACUGCCCGAUGGAGCAGGCCCCGUCUGAAGCAAGACAGAUAUAUUUCUCUUGAAACCAAUAACGAUUUUUCAUAAACGAUUAAAAUACGUGAACGAUAGACUAAAUUAGGAUUUACAUAAAUAUUCAUGUGAACUAGACAGCAUUAUUGUAAUUUUAAGAUAAAUAUUAUCGUUGUAUAUUAACUGGACUAGAAGCGAAACUUUGUUUUCUUUGUAAUAAAAAAAUAUUAAAAGACAA